AUGACGUUCCCCAGACGUUCCCAUGAUGUUCCCCAGGUGUUCCUCAGGCGUUCCCAUGAUGUUCCCAUGAUGUUCCCAAGGUGUUCCUCAGACGUUCCCAUGAUGUUCCCCAGACGUUCCCAUGAUGUUCCCCAGAUGUUCCCCAGGUGUUCCCCAGGCGUUCCCAUGAUGUUCCCCAGGCGUUCCCAUGAUGUUCCCCAGGUGUUCCUCAGGCGUUCCCAUGAUGUUCCCCAGGUGUUCCCCAGGUGUUCCCCAGACGUUCCCAUGAUGUUCCCCAGGUGUUCCCAUGAUGUUCCCCAGGUGUUCCCCAGACGUUCCCAUGAUGUUCCCCAGGUGUUCCUCAGGCGUUCCCAUGAUGUUCCCAUGAUGUUCCCCAGGUGUUCCUCAGGUGUUCCCAUGAUGUUCCCCAGGUGUUCCCAUGAUGUUCCCCAGGUGUUCCCCAGGCGUUCCCAUGAUGUUCCCCAGGUGUUCCUCAGGCAUUCCCAUGAUGUUCCCAUGUUCCCCAGGUGUUCCCCGGACGUUCCCAUGAUGUUCCCCAGGUGUUCCAAUGAUGUUUCCCAUGAUGUUCCCCAGGUGUUCCCCAGACGUUCCCAUGAUGUUCCCCAGGUGUUCCUCAGACGUUCCCAUGAUGUUCCCCAGGUGUUCCCCAGGUGUUCCCAUGAUGUUCCCCAGGUGUUCCUCAGAAGUUCCCAUGAUGUUCCCAUGAUGUUCCCCAGGUGUUCCUCAGACGUUCCCAUGAUGUUCCCCAGGUGUUCCCAUGAUGUUCCCCAGGUGUUCCCCAGGCGUUCCCAUGAUGUUCCCAUGAUGUUCCCCAGGUGUUCCCCAGGCGUUCCCAUGAUGUUCCCCAGGUGUUCCCCGGGCGUUCCCAUGAUGUUCCCCAGGCGUUCCCAUGAUGUUCCCCAGGUGUUCCCCAGGCGUUCCCAUGUUCCCCAGGUGUUCCCCAGGCGUUCCCCAGGCGUUCCCAUGAUGUUCCCCAGUUCCUCUUCUCCAGGUCACAAGUGGAAACAGGGCAUGUGGUCAAAAGAGGAAAUCGACCUCCUGAUGAGCAACAUCGAUCAAUACGUGAAGGGCCGAGGCAUCGCCGACCCGGCGGAGAUCAUCUUCGAGAUGUCCAAAGAGGAGAGGAAGGACUUCUACCGCUCCGUGGCGCUCGGCCUGAACCGGCCGCUGUUCGCCGUCUACAGGCGAGUCCUCCGGAUGUACGACAACCGCAACCACGUCGGGAAGUACACUCCAGAUGAGAUAGAGAAGCUGAAAACGCUGAGGGAGAAGCACGGCAACGACUGGGCGACCAUCGGAGCGUCUCUGGGCCGAAGCGCCUCGUCAGUGAAGGACCGAUGUCGACUGAUGAAGGACACCUGCAACACAGGUAAAUGGAGCGAGGAAGAGGAGCGGCGUCUCGCCGAGGUCGUGUACGAGAUGGCGGGCGCGUCGCCGGGCUCGGCCGUCACGGGGGGCGUGUCCUGGGCCACGGUCGCCGACCAGGUCCGCACGCGCUCAGAGAAACAAUGUCGCUCCAAGUGGCUGAACUACCUGAACUGGAAACACAGCGGAGGAACGGAGUGGAUGAAGGAGGACGACCUCAACCUCAUACGCAGGAUAUCUGAGCUGGAGGUGGAGGACGAGAAUGGGAUCAAGUGGGAGGAGCUUGCCGGCGGGUGGAGCAGCGUGCGGUCGCCUCAGUGGCUGCGGUCCAAGUGGUGGAGCAUCAAGAGACAAGUAGCCAAUCACAAGGAGAUCCCCUUCAGCGUCCUCCUGAAGGGCCUCCAGGAGCUCAUGGCGUCCUCACAGACGGCGUCGGGGCCAGGGAGCCCCUCCUCUUCCUCCUCCUCUUCGCUCCAGAUCCGACUCACCCGAUUGGACGAGGGCGGCGUCGGUAGCCUCGCCCCCGGCUCCGUGGCGGCGCUGCAGAUCCCGCUGCAGAUCACACACCUGGAUUCUUCGUCAGUCGGCGAGACGGAAACCAUCACAUUGAACACGGGAGGACUUCAGACCUUUGAGAUCCUUCCUUCCUUCCACCUGCAGCCCACCGGCACCCCGGGGACCUACUACCUCCAGACGACGUCCAAUCAGGGCCUGCCGCUCAGCCUCUCCACCAAUCAGGGGAUCCCGCUCAGCUUGGCCAGUAACAGCACGGUCACCCUGACGACAGGCUCCUCCCCCUCGUCCCACGAGCACAUCAUCCUCCACAGCCUGACGGCGGACGGCCUCUGCUCCGGCGACGGCGUCAUCAUCCAGACGGUCACGUCCGACCCCGCCUCCUCGGACCCUCUCGGCCAAUCGCAGCUGGUCUUGGAGACCGAGGGGCGGAGCCAGGACGACCUGCUCGACGACACAAGUCUCCUGGAGGGGGCGGGGAGCGUCGUCACGGAAACUCAAGAGCCAAUGACGGACGGCUUCGCCGACAAGGAGCUGAGCUCUGAGGGUCCAGUGGUGCAUUCUGGGAUAACAACCGGCAGCACCGUGCUGAUUGUGUCCCCUUCCAACAUCAGCAGCACACUGACAGAUCCGAUUCUGGAGAACCAGGAAGGAUCCGACUGAGCUGGACUGAUGAGGUCACUUCCUGUCUGUCCUUGAAGAAGCUGCUGAAGUCCUGAUGAAGACGUCCUGAUGAAGACGUCCUUAUUAAGACGUCCUGAUGAAGACGUCCAAAAGAGACUUUGACUGAACUGACUCGCGUCCUUUAAAUUAAACAAAUGUUCAUACGUGUAAAUAUAUAAUUAAAUUAAGAGAUGAAUGAAUGGUU